AAGGAGGAUGGAGAAUGGCACAUGGAUGGAUGGAGAAUGGAACAGGAUGCGAUUAAAUUUAGAUGUCUCGCUGGGAGGAAAGCGAGCGUUCACUAAGCGUCACCUGAGAGCGAGCUAGGCUUACUGAAAGCAGCUGGGCUUCUAAGCGGCAGUGAAAGUUGGUCGGGUUUACCAAAGCUGCUUUUCUGAGCUAAUCUCUGCCCGUUUCCACAAGGCAAAUUAACGCCCGCAUUAGCGCUCCUCCCGAGGGGCCGCGGCCAGGAGGCCGCCGGCGGGCGCUGGCCGUGAGGGAGGCUCGGCAGGAGCCGGCGGUGCCGCCCGGGGCGCGGCCGUUACCAGGCCAGCGGUGAGGGCUCCCGCGCCGCCAUGGCGGGGCCGCUGCGGCCGGUGUACGAGGGGCGGUUCACAGACAGGUUUCCGCACAUCUCGGCCGCUGGGAAGUUGCUUUCUACCGGCGAUACGGCUGCGCGUUGCCUCACUGAGAUUGUACCCAGGCCUAUUACUCCAACUAUUGUGCGAAAGUUUCGAAAUACGACAAAUCCAGCUCCUGGUGCAGAAAGAAUAUUCUAUGGCAGAGCAGAUGAUCCUGACAUUGCAGCUCACUUGACACAUGGCAUACAGUCACGUUCUUCACUUGGUGCAGCUUCACUGAUAAAUCCACUUCCUAAAACUAAUUUUCAACAAAAAAUACAAGAUAGAAAAGAAGCAAUCUACUUUAGUAACCGUGAAGCACCCUUGGGCAAAUCACAUGAUCAAUCUCCUAUGUUACCUAAGGGCUUAGAUAUAACUAAUACCACAUUCGGAACAAAAAUCAUCCAAGAUGCACCAGCUGGAGAGCUUAUAAAUCCACCAAAAACGUUUGAGGAAGUAGAUGAAGAAACCAGAAAAGGACAUGAUCUGUACGUUGUGUCGCACAAUGAUUAUUAUGCGGGAGAAGCAAUAAAUAGAAAGUAUGACUCACCAAACUUCAACAAGUCUUUUGCAUAUGGAAUAGAAACCCCUCACUUCAAAGAUGGACGAAAUGUAUCCAAAUCCUUAAAUUGGCUCUGUGAUCUGCAGUGGAAAAAAGCAGCAAAAAUUGUAUCCAAAAGAAGUGAUGAUUUCAAGGAAAAAUUUCAACCUCAAGUUGGAAAAGUCCUUGAUCCCAUAGCAGAAACUAUGAAUGUUCCCCCAGGCCAUACGUUUGGAAUGUUACUCCGUCCAGAUGAAUGUGGAGUUGGUGAUCUUCUUCACUGUAGGGCUCCAAGUGAGUUCCUCCGUGGUAAAGACAGAGAAAGAGCUGUGCUAGCUGCAGUUCGGCAAAGUUUGAAGAAAGCUAACUAUGAAAAUUUUGAUAUGUUGCUAGAAGCAUUUAGGCAUUAUGAUAAGAAUGGUGAUGGAAUGAUAGACAAAGAUGACCUGCGGAAGUCCUGUUUUCAGCUUAAUCUGAACCUAGAUGAUGAGCUCUUGGAUUCCUUAUUUGACUAUUGUGAUUUGGAUAAAGAUGGUCUGAUCAGUUAUCUGGAGUUUGCAAACUUUCUUAACUGGAAAGACAAAAUGGCUGUUAAAGAAUUUGAAGAAAAAAUAAUUACAGGAGGGAAAAAAAUAAAUGUUCCUGCUCUGUCUGGCACAAAUACAGAUGAUGAACCACUGCUGAAGCAGGAAGAUCUUGUAUUAAAAGAACCAGGAAGCUCAGAAAAGACACCAAAAACACUUACAAGACCAACAGACAGUGUAUUUGCAGAUUAUCAAACAACUUCUUCUCAGUAUAAUGCUGUAGUAGGUGGUCUCCCAACAACCUAUUAUCCAGUGUGUGGCAUUCCAACUAUUCGUUCAGACAUUCCUGCUCCUCGAAUUCGCCGCAUCAGUGACAGAACUAACUAUGGUGAUGAGGCCAAUGCUUAUGCAUUAUUGUUCCCUUCUGUCUUCAGUCAAAAGGGAGUGUAUGAAAAUGACUUUUUUAAAACAAGACCAAAGGCAGAGGUUGCACAAAUUCUCCGCAACAGUGGUAUGAACAUUUCAGAUGAAAGAUUUGAACAGAUAUGGAAGCAAGCCUGUAUGAAACAACAGGAAGAAGAGGUUUGUGUACAAAAUGUCAGGAAUAUACUGGAUGAGAUAAACGCAACACCCGAAGACUAGAAUUAGCAAUUGUUUUGUGUGCAUGUGAUGCAUAUAUUUAAAUUGACAUCAGUCAUAAUUCUGGUGCUGAAUACAAUAAAGAUUUAAAAUAAGAUGUUUUUAUAUAA